AGCGCACACUCACUGAGCGGGACAACUGAUGACACAAAGGGUCUGUAUCUCCUGAGCGCGGGUUCCUAAAACUCUUCUGGAGGAGGUAACCUGUUUAAGACCAUAAAUAUGUCACAAAACUAACAGAGCGUGUUUCGGUCGAUUUGUUCAGUUUGAUUUAUUUGUGCAACUGAAGAGAGAAGCGCAUUAGGGUACCGAUGGACAUGGAGCUAUCAACAGAUGUGGAGAAACUAUCUGAAGCCUCUUUUCUACACUCUACGUCUGAAACCAGCGAAACUCAAGAUAUUGAUACGGAUGAUCUGCUAGAGUUAAAUCAGUUCGACGGGCUCCCGUUUUCUUCAAGAUAUUACAAACUAUUAAGAGAAAGAAAAGCUCUGCCUGUGUGGGGAGCGAAAUGCGAGUUUAUGGCCAGUUUGAUGAGCAGCCAGAUUGUGAUAGUUACUGGCACAGCUAAAACAGGACAAAGCACUCAGAUCCCUCAGUGGUGUGCAGAGUUUUGCCUGUCUGCGCAGUAUCAGAACGGCAUGGUAGUGUGCACUCAGAUUCAUCAACAGAGCACGGUGGAACUGGCCCUGCGUGUGGCUGAUGAGAUGGACGUCAACAUCGGCAAUGAGGUUGGAUACAGCAUCCCACUUCAGACCUGCUGCUCCCCUGACACUGUACUGAGAUACUGCACUGAUGAUGUGUUGCUCCGGGAAAUGAUGUCGGACCCCCUCUUGGAGCAGUGUGGCGUGGUGGUCAUUGAUCAGGCCCAGGAACGCACCGUCAGCACAGACCUGCUCCUCGGGCUGCUCAAAGAUGUGCUCCUCGCACGGCCAGAGCUCAGGCUGGUCAUCCUCAGCGCCCCUCACUCCGCUGAGAAACUGCUACGUCACUAUGGAAGCACUCCUCAGAUCCGGCUGGAUGGGCCGCAGCCGUGCGAGGUGGUGUACGGUAGCGGGAGAGGAGGUGUGAAGGAUUACCUCUGCUCUGCUCUUAGACUGGCUCUGGAGAUACAUCAGAAUCAAAAGCAUGGAGACAUUGUGACAUUUCUGGCAACUGAGCAAGAGAUUGAAUGUGCCCAUGCCAUUUUGCGGAGAGAGGGUGCCAAUCUUGCAGUAUCUCAUGGCGAGCUGGUGCCUGUGUCUCUGUGCCCUGAGCAAGGAGACAGUCCCUCAGUGAUCUCUGAGGAGAGCAAGAGUAGGAGAGUCUUCCUCACCUGCAGCCCCAGUGAAGAUUUGUUCUGGGCCGUUCACAGCAUUCGCUUUGUGAUUGAUGCUGGAGUGCAAAAAAGAUAUGUGUACAAUCCUAGAAUCAGAGCCAAUUCCAUUGUUAUUCGUCCUAUCAGCAAGAGCCAAGCUGAGAGCCGCAAACAACUUGCAGGCCCAACAGGCAAGUGUUUCUGUUUGUAUCAAGAGGACACAUCACUUCCUGCUGAGAGCGUCCCUCAUAUUCUUGAGUCUGACAUCACUUCCACUGUGCUCUUCCUGAAGCGCAUGGAAAUUGCUGGCCUGAGCCACUGUGACUUUAUUGACAGACCAGAUCCAGAAGGCCUGAUGCAAGCUUUAGAGGAACUUGACUAUCUGGCUGCUUUGGAUGAUGACGGAAAUCUGUCCGAGAUUGGAAUUAUCAUGUCAGAGUUUCCCCUGGAGCCACAGAUGGCUAAGACUUUGCUUGCGUCUUGCGAAUUUGACUGUGUGAGCGAAGUGCUGACCAUCGCUGCCAUGCUAACAGCUCCAAGCAGUUUCCUUACACCCCCAGUGGAAGUGAGACAGAAGGCCUUACUGUGUCAUCAGAGGUUCCAGCAUGCAGAGGGAGACCACUUCACCCUUAUUAACAUCUUUAAUGCUUACCAAUAUGCUAAGGAAGGGCCAUACUCUAAUGUGGAAGGAUGGUGUGAAGACCAUUUCCUCAGUCUGUCUGCUCUUCAGACAGCGGAUGCGAUACGCUCUGAGCUAACAGAAAUCCUGAAACGACUAGAGCUGCCAGUGUCUUUACCUGCCUUUGGCUCUAAAAGCAACAGCCUGAACAUCAGACAUGCCCUAUUAGCUGGCUUCUUCAUGCAGGUGGCGAGGGACAUUGACGGGUCAGGGAAUUACUUCAUGCUGACCCAUAAACAUGUGGCUCAGAUCCACCCGCUGUCUGGCUAUGGAACCGAGAUGCACAAGAAGAACCUGCCAGAAUGGGUUCUGUACCAUGAGCACACGCUGUCAGAGAACAACUGCAUCAGAACGGUCUCUCAGAUCUCAGCACAUGAGUUCAUUCAGAUGGCGCCACAGUACUUCUUCUACAACCUGCCACCUAGUGAGAGUAAAGACCUACUGCAGCACAUUAUCGAUCACGGUUCAGCUGCCCCAUCUAAAGGCAAAAGAAAACCCCAGACCCCCAGCAGCCCCGCCAGUGAAGAGCAGAGCCAUGAGCGCUGUACCAUACAGUGACUGAGGAAAUAGAAUGCCUCGCCACGUUCUUACCAUGACAACAAACAACCUGCUGGUCUAUUACACAGUAACCAUGGAAUUUCUGAGGCACAACAAGGAAUCCAAAUUAGUUUAAAUGAUUAAUCAAUAAUGGUAAAAAGAAAUGAUCUAUUUGCUAUUGCUUAAAUUCAAAGGCCGGGGGUGGGGGAUGGGGUGUUGCAUUUAUUAUGCCCCCCUUUUCAAAGCGUCCGGGACGAUGCUUCUAAGUAAUAGUAGUUUGUACAGUUUGUAUUCUCUCUGCUGAAUUAAUAGCAAUUUAAAUAACCUACUGCUGUGCAGUAGUUAAUGAAUAAACUGUCGUUGACUUUAUAGUGUCUACAAUGUACUUUUUAAACUGUAGCUACUAGUUAGCAUUUUAAAUAAUAUAUAAAAAUAGAAUGUAAUUCAGCCAUGUGCAUUAUAGUAUCAUUGGACAUUCAUUUCUUUUUGCAUUGAUUGUGCUUCCCAUUGGUUACUGAAUUUUUGUUGUUGUUGUUUGUAUGUGUAUUUAUUUGCAAGGUAUUUGUUCAGUUAAUAUAAUAUUUUAUAUAUAUAAUUAAUCUCAAAUUCACUGUGAUAAUUUGCAUAAAAUAAGUAGUUUACAAAUGUAUUUGACUUUUUUCUUCUUCUUCCAAACUACUUAUACUGAACAAAGUCCAAAAAGUGUUCUCAAAUUAUCUAGAACUUAAUUCAUCAUAUCUAUUAUGUUGUAGUGUACACUUGCCAAAUUUCACUGCAGCUUUAGAUUCUGAUAAUUUUCAUUCAUGUUUCACAUCACAUCACAUUGAACACUAGACGUAAAUUAAGGGUGUCAUUUUAAAACAUGUUAUGACAAUUAUGUUUUAGACGCUUCCUGUGGUGAAUAUGUUAAAGUCACAAGUUAAGGUUUUAUGAUAUUGUUGAAAAUUAAUGUAUGGUGUAGAUAUACGUUUGAUUCAAUAAAAUCCACAGACUUUUUUUAAA